AUGUCUGAUCAAUUAUUUGAAGUUAAUAAUGAAAAUAAUAUGUCAUUUGAAUAUGAAGGAAUAAAUAACUUUGAACAUAACUUUGAUAAUAAUCAUAUUAAUAAUGAAAAUGUUUUUAGAGAUAAAAAUGAUAAUUAUAAUGAAGGCGACUAUCAUACUGAUGAUGAUAAGGGAAAUACGGUUAAUUUUUUACCUAUUACUUCUUAUUUUUCUCCAACAUCUCCAAUUGAAACUUCAAAAAAAAAAACCAAAACUAAUAUAAUACAUAAAAAAGAAAGCAAAUUGUCUGAUAAUGAAGAAGGUACUAGUAAGUGGUAUAAAACAGUGUUUCAGCCAAAAACAUCAACAACUAAUAUAACUGCACAUUUAUGUACCGAGCAUCGAAUUUUUAAAACCCAAAAAUGGAAUGCAUCCCCUAUAACAACUGUAAAUCCCACAUCAGUAACUCAACCAACAAUUGAACCAAUCAUACAAAAACAGAUAGAAAACACUUUGCCUCUUUCUAAAAAACAACAAAGUCACAUUGCUUAUCAGCUUGUUGCUUGGAUUGUUGAAGAAAUGAUGCCAUUAAAUUCAAUUAGACAACUAGGCACUCCUCACCUUGGUUGUAUAGCACAUACUAUUCAUCUUGUGGUUACAGAUAAGUUAAAACAAUGUGAAACUUUAAUUGGGCAUACAAAAUCAUUAAAUAACUUUUUGAACUCCACUUAUCUUGUUCUUCAAAGGCUUCUUGAAUUUCGAAAACUAAUUUUAGAAUUGGCAACAAAUCUAACAAAUAAUUCUAACCAUACUAUUCAUGCUGAUGAUAAUAACCUAAAUGAAAAAAUACUUACUGAUGAAGAAUGGACAAGUUAA